AAACGGCGGGAGGGGGGAGGAGGAGGCCAUAAAAGCUAUAAUGCCAGAGAGGAAAAAAGAGGAAAAAAUAAAAACAGUAGAGAGAGAAGAGGAGAGGAGACGAGUCAGUCGGUGGGGGGACAAACAAAACACGCCACGAUUGUUGCUCCUCCACUCGUCCAUCUCUGUCUCCCUGCGAUUUCCUCGCUCCUCGCGCCUCCCAACUUCUCUCUCUCUCUCUCUCUCUCUCUCUCUGUGCAGGCCGCCUUGCUUCUCCGUCGUCGCCAUCUUCGAAGGAGCCCUAUUGAUCUGCGCUGUGCUGCGAGCUCAGGCGGUUGCAGAAAAGUCGAUCUCCUGGUAAUUAAAACUGAGACUUUGAGGGUGAGAUCAGCGCCAACCGCCGGAUCAGAUCUGCAAUCGCUGACGCCUGCACUGCUUACAUGAUUUCGUAUUCAGUGCAUUGAAGGACACGUCCGAUGCAAAUCUCGAGGCGAUAAGUAUCUGCAUUUGCCUCCUUCUUUACGUUUUUGUUGUCAUCCACACAGUUUUGGCUCUUCUGAGGAUCCGUAAUUGGUUGUUGGUUUGCGGGGCGACGAGCGGGUGUGCCCACAUUUUGAAGCCGAAUUGAGGUGUUUACGUUUUAUGAAUCCGUGAACUUUUGUCGCUGCGCGUGUUAAAUGCCCACUUUUUGAUCUGUUUAUGCUGGCGUAUUGAUUCAUUCAGUCGCUUAAAUUUUCUGUGGCUGAGGACAUAUUCGAAUUAAAGGAUUUGUAGGGAUUUUAUCUGCAAUAAUUUCUUCUCCAUGAGAAGGUGUUGAUUUGAAUAAAAUUGACCUCGGCGGAGGAGCACUGGGGUUAUCUGUCCAAUUGAUUGUGAUGCUUAGUAUGAAAUGAGUUGAUUUUUUUUUUCUGUUGAUUGAGGGAUUUUAGGGGCGAUGAGUUGUUAUGCAUGAACGAAGGGAAAUCAAAUUCCCCAUACUGAUGCAAUUUCAGUGUGCGUGGGCAGCGGGAAAAGCUCUAUGAAGGCAGCAGUUUUUUGCUCAUAAUCCGAGAGAGGGAGCAGUUUACUCAUACGAUUCUCCAAUGUUUUCAUUGGAGAAUUAUUUAUGAGUUCCGGGGAGCCAUUACUGUCAUCGUCCCAUCGUGCAUUGAAUCCUUCAACUGUGGUGCAUCCACAUUCGGUGAGAGUUGGUUCCUGCAGUUGUCUCUGCUCCAGUACUUCUUUCUCUUCUUCCAUUUUUGAUGAUACACAAAGUCACUUCCUUGAGGUGAACGAAGACGAAGUCUCUGUUAGUGACGCUAGUGGGAAAUCCCUUGAACAAUCAGCUUCUCUUGCUACAGCAAAACGGUUCCAUUCAGCUGAAUUGCAGUUCGCGCAGCCUAUUCCUUUGGAAUGCCCCAAUCAGGACCACAAACGCCUGGUAUCGUGGGGUGCAAUGGAGUUGCAUGACAAUUCUGCUGCGUUCGAAAUAUCUGGGCCUUCGUCUUUGAUGCAGGAAAAGCUGAACAAAUCCCAGAGGAUUCGCCACAAAAGUGCACAGUUUGAAGAUAAUCUAUUCCAUGAAGAUAAUCCGAGGUUGAUACAUAUCAAUGAUCCAAAGCGGACGAAUAAGUAUGAGUUCACAGGGAAUGAAAUCCGAACUAGCAAAUACACGUUGAUCACAUUCUUGCCCAAAAACCUCUUCAUUCAGUUUCAUAGGGUUGCAUAUCUAUAUUUCCUAGCGAUUGCUGCUCUCAACCAGCUUCCGCCUCUUGCGGUCUUUGGGAGAACAGUAUCCCUUUUUCCUCUCCUAUUUGUACUUUGUGUCACGGCUAUUAAAGAUGGAUAUGAGGAUUGGCGACGACACAGAUCAGACCGCAAGGAGAACAACCGGGAGGCUUUAGUCCUUCAAUUUGGCCAGUUUCGAAAUAAAAAAUGGAAGAAGAUACAAGCUGGUGAAGUUGUGAAGAUCUGUGCUGAUGAGACCAUUCCAUGUGAUAUGGUUUUGCUGGGGACAAGUGAUCCUAGUGGAAUUGCAUAUAUUCAGACAAUGAAUUUGGAUGGAGAAUCUAACUUGAAGACAAGGUAUGCUAGGCAGGAAACAGCUUUAACGGUGUUUGAAGAGGGUUCAAUUUCAGGGCUGAUCAGAUGUGAGCAACCCAAUAGGAAUAUAUAUGAGUUCACAGCCAACAUGGAGUUUAAAGGGCAAAGAUUUCCUCUCAGCCAAACAAAUAUCAUUUUGCGUGGCUGCCAGCUGAAGAACACUGAAUGGGUAAUUGGUGUUGUUGUGUAUGCUGGACAAGAAACAAAAGCAAUGUUGAACAGUGCUGCCUCUCCUUCUAAAAGAAGCAGACUGGAGAGUUAUAUGAACAGAGAAACCCUGUGGUUGUCUAUUUUUCUUCUUGGCAUGUGUCUGGUAGUGGCUCUUGGUAUGGGCCUAUGGCUUGAACGUCACAAGGAGCAGCUUGAUACUUUGCCGUACUACAGGAAAAGAUAUUUCAUGAAAGGGAUAAAUGGCCAGAAAAACUACAAAUAUUAUGGAAUUGCCAUGGAGACUUUUUUUUCUUUUCUGAGUUCUAUUAUAGUGUUUCAGAUAAUGAUACCAAUAUCUCUCUACAUUACAAUGGAAUUGGUUCGGUUGGGACAAUCCUACUUCAUGAUUGAAGACAGGCAUAUGUGUGAUCAUAGCACUGGCACAAGGUUUCAGUGCAGAUCUUUGAACAUCAAUGAGGAUCUGGGUCAAAUUCGCUAUGUAUUUUCAGACAAGACGGGCACACUCACAGAAAACAAAAUGGAAUUCCGCACAGCGAGCGUAUAUGGGAAGAAAUAUGGUAGCUUCUCACUCGUGUCGGAUCCUUUGCAGGAAGAUGCUGUUGCAGCUGUGGAUAGGAGAUGGAAGCUCAAGUAUGAAAUUGCAAUAGAUUCUGAACUCAUGGAAUUAUUGCAUACGGACUUGAAUGGAAAUGAAAGGAUUUACGCACAUGAGUUUUUCCUUACGCUGGCAGCAUGUAAUACUGUGAUCCCUAUGUUUUCCCAGAAUCAGACUUCUGGUUGUUCAGGAAGUGAAUUUCAUGAAGAUGUAGAAUCUUUAGACUAUCAGGGUGAAUCCCCUGAUGAGCAAGCACUAGUUCUUGCAGCUUGUGCUUAUGGAUAUACUCUUUUUGAGCGCACUUCUGGGCAUAUUAUGGUUGAUGUCAAUGGUGAGAAACUAAGGUUGGAUGUGUUGGGUCUGCACGAGUUUGAUAGUGUGCGCAAAAGAAUGUCCGUUGUUAUCAGAUUUCCUAACAAUGCUGUAAAGGUGUUGGUGAAGGGUGCUGAUACUUCAAUGUUCAGCAUUUUAGCAAAAGGCUCUCAGGGAGAUGAUCAUAUAUGGCAUGCAACUCAGAGCCAUCUGACUGAAUACUCAUCGCAAGGUUUGCGCACCCUUGUAAUUGCUGCCAGGGAUCUUACAGAUGCAGAACUUGAGGAGUGGAAGUGCAGGUAUGAAGAUGCAAGUACGUCUCUGGUAGACAGAUCUUUAAAACUGCGCCAAACAGCUGCUUUAAUAGAAUGCGACUUAAAACUACUGGGGGCUACUGGAAUAGAGGACAAGUUACAGAAUGGGGUACCGGAAGCCAUUGAGUCCCUCCGGCAAGCAGGAAUCAAGGUCUGGGUUUUGACUGGAGAUAAGCAGGAGACAGCAAUUUCAAUUGGUCUCUCUUGCAAACUUCUGACUGCAGAUAUGCAGAUGAUUAUUAUUAAUGGCAGUUCAGAGAAUGAAUGCAGAAACCUUUUGGCAGAGGCAAAGGCUAAGUAUGGUGUGAAAUCAUUAGAUCGCAGGAAGCAAAGUUUGAAAUGGAAAAAGAGUGCAGAAAUUGAUUAUCUCGAGAUUCCUGAUGACAUAAAGCCUUCUGACCAGCCACAAUGGCGUGCAGGGAAGGAAGGAGAACUGAUGAAUGUGCCACUAGCACUCAUCAUUGAUGGGAAUAGCCUGGUUUACAUAUUAGAAAAAGAUCUGGAAUCAGAGCUUUUCGACCUUGCAAUUUCCUGUAGGGUUGUGCUCUGCUGUCGUGUUGCACCCCUGCAAAAGGCUGGAAUUGUUGAUUUAGUUAAGAGCCGUACUGAUGACAUGACUCUGGCUAUUGGUGAUGGGGCUAAUGACGUUUCAAUGAUCCAAAUGGCGGAUGUUGGCAUUGGCAUAUGUGGCCAGGAAGGGCGUCAAGCAGUGAUGGCAUCUGAUUUUGCUAUGGGACAGUUUCGGUUUCUUAAAAGAUUGCUUCUGGUGCAUGGACACUGGAAUUACCAGCGUGUUGGUUAUUUGAUUCUGUACAACUUCUACCGCAAUGCUGUUUUUGUGUUGAUGCUGUUCUGGUAUAUAUUAUGCACAGCCUUUUCAACUACUUCUGCAUUAACGGACUGGAGUAGUGUAUUUUAUUCUGUUAUCUAUACUUCUGUUCCUACCAUAGUUGUUGGCAUUCUGGACAAGGAUCUAAGCCAUAAGACCCUACUGCAGUAUCCAAAACUCUAUGAGGCUGGGUACAGACAGGAGAGUUACAAUCUGAAUCUGUUCUGGAUCACGAUGAUUGACACAUUAUGGCAGAGUCUUGUUCUCUUUUACAUACCCCUAUUUACAUACAAGGAGAGCACAAUUGAUAUAUGGAGCAUGGGAAGUUUGUGGACAAUUGCAGUUGUUGUCCUUGUGAAUAUACACUUGGCGAUGGACAUCCAACGUUGGGUAUUCAUUACUCAUGUUGCUGUAUGGGGAUCAAUAAUCAUUACAUAUGCUUGUAUGGUGGUUCUGGAUUCAAUACCAUACUUUCCCAAUUAUUGGACAAUUUACCAUCUGGCGAAGUCGCCAACUUAUUGGCUCACCAUUUUGCUUAUUGUAAUCUUGGCAUUGCUCCCUCGUUUUCUUUUCAAAGUUAUACAUCAGAUUUUCUGGCCUUACGAUAUCCAGAUAGCUAGAGAGGCUGAGAUAUUGAGAAAACGACCAGGUUAUUUGGGGUCAAAAUCAGGUCAAGGUUCCUGUUGACAUGUACAUUACCCUCUUCUAUACAGACCCUCAGUUUUAUCUGGCUUCCUCAGAGUUUUUCCAUCACAUUGCUUCCCUGUGGCACCCCGUGGCAAAGUUCUAUG